UUUGGAACAAUUUAGACAAUGUACUGGGUAUUCGUUCGUAAACCUGACAAGACUUAGGUCUGAUGGACUAUGAAUAAAUAUCCUGCCUUAUCAUAGCUGAGUAGACUACACAAUUCGCGAGUUGAGAGCAUCAAUCCCAAGUCCCCAUAGACACACUUAAAACAGGCAAUCGGAAUAAUGAUUAUGUGUUAAAUAUGUUAUCUUCUUUUUGAGAACAGUAUGUUGUUGCAACACCCUUGUGAUUAUUAUUUGAUUUUUUCAGAGAGAUACUAUUCUUUUUUUCCUAAAACUGACUCGUGAAUGACCUCGUUGAUAAGAAUUAUUUCAAAGCUAUUAAUAACUUGUCAGUGUGGAAAAUAAAUAAUUUGUGAAGUAAUAGCUACCGAGUUAAGAUUGUAGUGAGGUUCAGCUUGAAGUAACCCCAUUCAAAAUUUUCGCUUUGCCUAAGAGAAUCAACCCCAGAAGUGAAGAAAGAAGACUACAACUAAUGAAUAACAGUAAUACAGUCAUUAGGCUCUGAAACAUGAGUUUAAGUCGGCUGGGUAGUUCCAUGUACAAAUCGUACCAGAACCUUUUGCGAAGAUAUCCCGUCGGAGUACAAGCCGUCCAAACGUCGGUAUUUACUGGUGUGGGCGAUGUUAUUGCUCAGCUAUUCGUCGAAAAGAAGGAAAUGAAGGAUUUUGAUGUAAUGAGACUUCUGCGUUUUGGCGCCAUCGGAGGCAUUUACAUCGGUCCAGUUCUGCGAACGUGGUUUGGUUUCCUGGAUUCCAGAUUUAAAGGCAGGAGUGCGAUAAUCGUCGUGAAGAAGGUUGCACUUGAUCAGCUGUGCUUCGUUCCAGUUUUCCUAGGCGUCCUAGUGUCGAUUAUUGGGUUUGGAAAUGGAAAAUCUGUAGAUCAGGUGAAAGAGAAACUGCAAGCAGAUUACCCGGAUAUUAUGAUGACUAACUAUAAGAUAUGGCCCUUGGUGCAGACUCUAAACUUCUCCGUCGUGCCAGUCCACUAUCAGGUUCCCCUGGUCCAGGUAGUAGCCGUCGGCUGGAACACGUACAUGUCUUGGAAGGCUCAUCAGCCAGUUCAGAAGAAACAGGAACUCGCCCACGUCGAGUAACUACUGCUGGGAUGUGGCACGGCAGCCGUAUCCCUUGGGAUCUGUAAUGCUCAAGUGUUCGCUGUGAUACGAACUUUAUCAGUGAACUUAUCUGCAUUGUCUCUGUGACCUUCAACAGGACAGCCGGAGAUAACAUUUCAGAGUACAAAUUACAGGAAGUUGCUGAUACUAAAUACAGUAUUCCUUGUACAAUACGCUAAAAUCAUGGAACCAAGAUUUUUUACCCACUUCAGAUUUGUUUUGUCAGUCAAAUAAAAGCACGAUAUUAUCUUUUUUCAUUAAA